UCCUCCCUCCCUCUCCACCUGGCCACGCUUUUCCUUCCUGUCUUUCCCAGUACCUAGGAUGAUAUGGCAGUUUUCUACUGAGUCCUGGCCUGCCUCUCCUGACCGACCUCCCUGCUUUGCUUCUCACACCGCGCUUCCCGUGCCGCCUGCGAAGCAUUUGAGGGAACAUUUAGUAAACAUGUUGCGUCGAGCUUGAGCAAUGGAUUCUGAGUGACUUCACUUGUCGACGUGUCACUCGUUAGUUUUCUGGCUGCUGAAUUUGUCAGUCUGCGAAAGCUCUCAUAUCAGCCGUCUGAGGCGUAGAACGGCAAAAUAAGUUUCUAGAACGGCUUGUUUCCUUCUUCGACGACAGAGUAGGCGAUAGGACAUAGGCUGACGCGACAAUGGCGGAAGAGCAAGCACAGCAAGGUGACGUUUCGAAAGACCCUUCUAACGGGUAUAACGAUUGGGCUGCAGCUGCCAUGCAGGCGUAUUACAAGUCGGGAGGCCAAGCAGCUCACGCGGGAGGCUAUUACGGCGCACCAAUGGGAGGGCAUCCACAUCCGUACAUGUGGGGACCACAGCCAAUGAUGGCAGCGCACUACGGUGGUGUACCACCAGGCCCCUAUGGCUAUGCUGCCAUGUACGCUGCGCCUCACCCAGGCAUGGCCCAGGGUGCUGCAGGGGCAGUGGCCCCAUCCCCUUAUGGCUACCCGCCUGCCCAAACUGCGGAUGGUUCUGAGGUGCCAGCAGGGGCAGCGAUGAUGGGGAUGACGCCCAUGGGGCCCAUGGGGCCCAUGGCCAUGCCAGCAGCGCAGGGGUACCCCGGCAUGCCCAUGGACUACUCACACGACGCCAUGGCUGCUGCUGCUGCUGCCGCCGCUGCCGCAGCCAGUGCUGGGGGUGGGGCUGCUGCUGCUGGGUCGGCUCCCCAGGUUCCUGUUGCUGCUGCGCCUGCUGCCCCUCAGCCCGCCCCUUCCAAGCGCAAGAGGUCGGCUCAGCAGUCCCAUGCAACAGACGCUGCCGCAGCAGCCACUCCCGGUGGGGCAAGCCUCCCCCAUCCUCACGCCCAGCCGGCCCCAGGCUCGGGCCAAGCCUUGGCCCUAGCCUCGGGCUCGGCGGGCGAGUACACGUCCAUGCCUUCGAGCCCGUCCGAAGGCCCGUCUGCUUCGGCAGCCGCUGCUGCUGCGGCGGCUGCCGGUCUUGCUGGUGGCGCUGGCGCUGCUGCUGGUUCGGGGGUCCCUCACGCUGCUGGUGGGGGGCGAGAGGGGGAGUGGCUGGCGGAAUGGCGUAUAAUCCCAUGGCUGCUUCUGCUGCGGAUAUGUGGACUGGGGGGGGCGCUGCUGCUGCUGCUGCUGCUGGUGCCGUGGUGUCGCCCCCCUCCCUGGGGCAGGGCGUUGGGGGGAAGCUCGGGGCACGUGCAGGAGUGAGGGGAGGAGGGGAUGGGGGCGACGUGGGGGGGAGUAUGAUGUACCAAGUGCCG